AUAUGUGGCAGUUACAUAGAUCUAUAUAUGUCAUUUUACCUUCGUCUCCUGUUUCAGCCGUUGAUUUCUGAGUUGAAUUGUUUUGUUUCGUUCACGGAUUUAGAACAAUUUUAAUCUUCCAUUUCAGUGCAAAAGGAAAUAAUCUACAAUGUAAGCUAAUUUUUAGAGCAGUCUUCAGGAGCAAGAUCCUGUAAGAGUGAAGAUCCCUUAAGUUCAAGAGGAAUGAUCGAUUGUGACUUAACAUAAAUUUUUGAAUUGAGAAACGUAAGAUUACUGGCAGUUGGUGGACCUCCAUGUUGGUCAAAGGAUUAAAUCCAAAUCUAAAGAAACAUUUCACAAGUACUCUUUUUCUUGAUCAAUGACGAAGUAUUUGCUGACCUGACCAGGCCGCCAUGGGUCAACACUCCUCAAAACGAGGGUCAUACACACCCAGCAAGGAUGUCAGCAAUGAGGAUUCCAUCUCGCCUCGUUCUCGCAGCAGUAUCAAUGGAAGCGUAGAAGUUCUCCAUAGCCCCGGUUCUGCUUCCGGUGGUGUGGAUCCACUAGAGGUUAGUUUGCGGUCAACUCCAGGAAGUGGCUCUGCGGGAAAGAAAGAUAAGACCAAAAGGUUUAAGGUGCCAAGUUUCUCUGUUGGUCGAACUCCUUCCGGUAGAUGGACUCGAAAAAAGAGACCUACGUCGAAGGCAAGGCCUGUCUCAAUGCCAAUCUAUUUAAAUGAUGAAGCGGAAGAGACACCCAGCAGCCGACCACAAAGUCUGUAUAUGGAUGAACUGGAUGUGACAGAAGAAGAUAAAAUAGAAACUGUGGAUUUGUCAGAUGAUGAACUAGAAGAUAGAGGCAAGUCAAAUUCAGCAGCUCAAAAAGCCUUGAAAGGUACAGCUAAAGGAAAAUCAGCUUCGGAUAAAAAAGCAGCUAAGAAAAAGAAAAAGGAAAAACCUCCAUCCAAGAAGAAGAAAGCUUCUCACAAAUUGGAAAUAGCUUCCCCCUCUUCCCCUUCGUCCAUUACAUCAUCUUCAACCUUCCAAUCACCUUCACCAUCAAAUCUUUCAGCAAAGUCACCUGAAGCCCAGUUUUCAGUUCAUCCAUCAUCAGUAGCACCAUUAUCGUUGUCAGCAACAGUCUCUGGUGAAGGUAAUAUUGAUGGCAUUGCUUCCAAUAUAGUUCAAAAGAGUGUCAGUAAAGCACAAGUACAAUUAGAGAAAGAGUCUCUAAACAAGGUAAACAAACUAUCCUUAGAUUCUGCUGCAGUUCACAAGGAAUUUGAAAUUUCUACAGAUAUCGAAUUCCCAAAAACAAAUACAAAAUUAGAUGCUGGAAAAGUUACUAAUUCAGGAUCAGGAACUAAAUAUGCAGAAGACAUUACAUCACGAUUCAUGGGAAAUACUGUUGAGUUCCCUGCAUUUGAAGAUGAUUUCAAUGACUUCAAUACUCCAAAAGUCAAUAUUUCUGAUUCAAAAGUAAAAUCUUCAGCAGCUGUAAAUAUUUCAGGCAUUUCAACAAAAGGAAAAGGUCCCCAAUUAAGUGGACCAGACAUUAAUUUUGGUGUUAAUGAACCAAAAUUUGAUUCUAAUCUUCCUAAAGUAAAUGCAAAUAUUUCAGGUCCAAAAUUACCAUCAGCAGAUGUCAAUAUUCCUGAAAUAUCAGUAAAAGGAAAAGGCCCUAAAAUAAGCGGCCCAGACAUUCAUCUCGGUGGAAAGUUACCAUCAGGUGAUGCUCAUCUUCCAGAUGUAAAAGCUAAUAUUUCAGGUCCAAAAUUACCUUCUGCAGAUGUUGUUAUUCCUGACAUAUCUGUAAAAGGCAAGGCUCCAAAACUAAGCAGCCCAGACAUUCAUUUUGAUGGAAAACUACCAUCUGGUGAAAUUGAUCUUCCUGAUGUGAAGGCUGGAAUUUCAGGACCCAAAUUACCAUCUGCAGAUAUCAAUGUGCAUGACCUAUCCGUGAGUGGCAAGGCUCCUAAAAUAAGUGGACCGGACAUUCAUAUAGGAGGAAAACUACCAUCUGGUGAUAUUGAUCUUCCUGAUGUAAAGGCUGGAAUUUCAGGUCCCAAAUUACCAUCUGCAGAUUUUGGCAUUUCUGCACUCAAAGGCAAAGCUCCUAAAAUCAGUGGACCAGACAUACAUAUAGGUGGCAAACUACCUUCAGCUGAUGCUCAUCUUCCAGAUGUAAAUGCUGACAUUUCAGGUCCUAAAUUACCAUCUGCUGAAGUCAAUGUUCCUGGCAUAUCUGUCAAAGGAAAAGCCCCUAAAAUAAGUGGACCAGACAUUCAUUUAGGUGGAAAACUACCAUCUGGUGAAAUUGAUCUUCCAGAUGUAAAGGCUGGAAUUUCUGGACCAAAACUACCUUCAGCAGAUGUGAAGAUUCCAGACAUAUCAGGCCCAAAAGUUGACGUUCCCAAAAUAAAGUCACCUGACAUCAAUGUAGGUGGUCACCUGCCAUCAGGCGAUUUGAAAGCCAAUCUAGGAGGUGUUGAUGUGGAUUAUGGUUUGGAUGUAAAUGUUGAUGCAAAAAUGAAGAAACCAAAAGACAAAUCAAAAGGUGGUAAAAAAUUUAAGAUUCCUGGUCUUUCUUCUCUCAAAGCUAAAUUUAGUGGACCAGAUGCUCAUCUAGAAGGAGAGCUGCCAUCAAUUGAUGCUCAUCUUCCUGAUGUAAAUGCAGAUAUUUCAGGUCCAAAAUUACCAUCAGCAGAUGUCAAUAUUCCUGACAUAUCAGUAAAAGGAAAAGGCCCUAAAAUAAGCGGCCCAGACAUUCAUCUCGGUGGAAAGUUACCAUCAGGUGAUGCUCAUCUUCCAGAUGUAAAAGCUAAUAUUUCAGGUCCAAAAUUACCUUCUGCAGAUGUUGAUAUUCCUGACAUAUCUGUAAAAGGCAAGGCUCCAAAACUAAGCGGCCCAGACAUUCAUUUUGAUGGAAAACUACCAUCUGGUGAAAUUGAUCUUCCCGACGUGAAGGCUGGAAUUUCAGGUCCCAAAUUACCAUCUGCAGAUAUCAAUGUGCCUGACCUAUCCGUGAGUGGCAAGGCUCCUAAAAUAAGUGGACCGGACAUUCAUAUAGGAGGAAAACUACCAUCUGGUGAUAUUGAUCUUCCAAAUGUAAAGGCUGGAUUUUCAGGUCCCAAAUUACCAUCAGCUGAUAUCAAUGUGCCUGACGUCUCCUUGAGUGGGAAGGCUCCAAAAAUAAGUGGACCAGACAUUCAUUUCGGUGGUAAAGUACCAUCUGGUGAUAUUGAUCUUCCAGGUGUAAAGGCUGGAUUUUCAGGUCCCAAAUUACCAUCUGCAGAUAUCAAUGCACCAGAUUUAUCCGUAGGUGGAAAGGCUCCAAAAGUAAGUGGACCAGACAUUCAUUUAGGUGGAAAACUACCAUCUGGUGAUAUUGAUCUUCCUGAUGUAAAGGCUGGAAUUUCAGGUCCCAAAUUACCAUCUGCAGAUUUUGGCAUUUCUGCACUCAAAGGCAAAGCUCCUAAAAUCAGUGGACCAGACAUACAUAUAGGUGGCAAACUACCUUCAGCUGAUGCUCAUCUUCCAGAUGUAAAUGCUGACAUUUCAGGUCCUAAAUUACCAUCUGCUGAAGUCAAUGUUCCUGGCAUAUCUGUCAAAGGAAAAGCCCCUAAAAUAAGUGGACCAGACAUUCAUUUAGGUGGAAAACUACCAUCUGGUGAAAUUGAUCUUCCAGAUGUAAAGGCUGGAAUUUCUGGACCAAAACUACCUUCAGCAGAUGUGAAGAUUCCAGACAUAUCAGGCCCAAAAGUUGACGUUCCCAAAAUAAAGUCACCUGAAAUCAAUGUGGGUGGUCACCUGCCAUCAGGCGAUUUGAAAGCCAAUCUAGGAGGUGUUGAUGUGGAUUAUGGUUUGGAUGUAAAUGUUGAUGCAAAAAUGAAGAAACCAAAAGACAAAUCAAAAGGUGGUAAAAAAUUUAAGAUUCCUGGUCUUUCUUCUCUCAAAGCUAAAUUUAGUGGACCAGAUGCUCAUCUAGAAGGAGAGCUGCCAUCAGUUGAUGCUCAUCUUCCUGAUGUAAAUGCAGAUAUUUCAGGUCCAAAAUUACCAUCAGCAGAUGUCAAUAUUCCUGACAUAUCAGUAAAAGGAAAAGGCCCUAAAAUAAGCGGCCCAGACAUUCAUCUCGGUGGAAAGUUACCAUCAGGUGAUGCUCAUCUUCCAGAUGUAAAAGCUAAUAUUUCAGGUCCAAAAUUACCAUCUGCAGAUGUUGAUAUUCCUGACAUAUCUGUAAAAGGCAAGGCUCCAAAACUAAGCGGCCCAGACAUUCAUUUUGAUGGAAAACUACCAUCUGGUGAAAUUGAUCUUCCCGAUGUGAAGGCUGGAAUUUCAGGUCCCAAAUUACCAUCUGCAGAUAUCAAUGUGCCUGACCUAUCCGUGAGUGGCAAGGCUCCUAAAAUAAGUGGACCGGACAUUCAUAUAGGAGGAAAACUACCAUCUGGUGAUAUUGAUCUUCCAAAUGUAAAGGCUGGAUUUUCAGGUCCCAAAUUACCAUCAGCUGAUAUCAAUGUGCCUGACGUCUCCUUGAGUGGGAAGGCUCCAAAAAUAAGUGGACCAGACAUUCAUUUCGGUGGUAAAGUACCAUCUGGUGAUAUUGAUCUUCCAGGUGUAAAGGCUGGAUUUUCAGGUCCCAAAUUACCAUCUGCAGAUAUCAAUGCACCCGAUUUAUCCGUAAGUGGAAAGGCUCCAAAAGUAAGUGGACCAGACAUUCAUUUAGGUGGAAAACUACCAUCAGGUGAUAUUGAUCUUCCUGAUGUAAAGGCUGGAAUUUCAGGUCCCAAAUUACCAUCUGCAGAUUUUGGCAUUUCUGCACUCAAAGGCAAAGCUCCUAAAAUCAGUGGACCAGACAUACAUAUAGGUGGCAAACUACCUUCAGCUGAUGCUCAUCUUCCAGAUGUAAAUGCUGACAUUUCAGGUCCUAAAUUACCAUCUGCUGAAGUCAAUGUUCCUGGCAUAUCUGUCAAAGGAAAAGCCCCUAAAAUAAGUGGACCAGACAUUCAUUUAGGUGGAAAACUACCAUCUGGUGAAAUUGAUCUUCCAGAUGUAAAGGCUGGAAUUUCUGGACCAAAACUACCUUCAGCAGAUGUGAAGAUUCCAGACAUAUCAGGCCCAAAAGUUGACGUUCCCAAAAUAAAGUCACCUGAAAUCAAUGUGGGUGGUCACCUGCCAUCAGGCGAUUUGAAAGCCAAUCUAGGAGGUGUUGAUGUGGAUUAUGGUUUGGAUGUAAAUGUUGAUGCAAAAAUGAAGAAACCAAAAGACAAAUCAAAAGGUGGUAAAAAAUUUAAGAUUCCUGGUCUUUCUUCUCUCAAAGCUAAAUUUAGUGGACCAGAUGCUCAUCUAGAAGGAGAGCUGCCAUCAGUUGAUGCUCAUCUUCCUGAUGUAAAUGCAGAUAUUUCAGGUCCAAAAUUACCAUCAGCAGAUGUCAAUAUUCCUGACAUAUCAGUAAAAGGAAAAGGCCCUAAAAUAAGCGGCCCAGACAUUCAUCUCGGUGGAAAGUUACCAUCAGGUGAUGCUCAUCUUCCAGAUGUAAAAGCUAAUAUUUCAGGUCCAAAAUUACCAUCUGCAGAUGUUGAUAUUCCUGACAUAUCUGUAAAAGGCAAGGCUCCAAAACUAAGCGGCCCAGACAUUCAUUUUGAUGGAAAACUACCAUCUGGUGAAAUUGAUCUUCCCGAUGUGAAGGCUGGAAUUUCAGGUCCCAAAUUACCAUCUGCAGAUAUCAAUGUGCCUGACCUAUCCGUGAGUGGCAAGGCUCCUAAAAUAAGUGGACCGGACAUUCAUAUAGGAGGAAAACUACCAUCUGGUGAUAUUGAUCUUCCAAAUGUAAAGGCUGGAUUUUCAGGUCCCAAAUUACCAUCAGCUGAUAUCAAUGUGCCUGACGUCUCCUUGAGUGGGAAGGCUCCAAAAAUAAGUGGACCAGACAUUCAUUUCGGUGGUAAAGUACCAUCUGGUGAUAUUGAUCUUCCAGGUGUAAAGGCUGGAUUUUCAGGUCCCAAAUUACCAUCUGCAGAUAUCAAUGCACCCGAUUUAUCCGUAAGUGGAAAGGCUCCAAAAGUAAGUGGACCAGACAUUCAUUUAGGUGGAAAACUACCAUCAGGUGAUAUUGAUCUUCCUGAUGUAAAGGCUGGAAUUUCAGGUCCCAAAUUACCAUCUGCAGAUUUUGGCAUUUCUGCACUCAAAGGCAAAGCUCCUAAAAUCAGUGGACCAGACAUACAUAUAGGUGGCAAACUACCUUCAGCUGAUGCUCAUCUUCCAGAUGUAAAUGCUGACAUUUCAGGUCCUAAAUUACCAUCUGCUGAAGUCAAUGUUCCUGGCAUAUCUGUCAAAGGAAAAGCCCCUAAAAUAAGUGGACCAGACAUUCAUUUAGGUGGAAAACUACCAUCUGGUGAAAUUGAUCUUCCAGAUGUAAAGGCUGGAAUUUCUGGACCAAAACUACCUUCAGCAGAUGUGAAGAUUCCAGACAUAUCAGGCCCAAAAGUUGACGUUCCCAAAAUAAAGUCACCUGACAUCAAUGUAGGUGGUCACCUGCCAUCAGGCGAUUUGAAAGCCAAUCUAGGAGGUGUUGAUGUGGAUUAUGGUUUGGAUGUAAAUGUUGAUGCAAAAAUGAAGAAACCAAAAGACAAAUCAAAAGGUGGUAAAAAAUUUAAGAUUCCUGGUCUUUCUUCUCUCAAAGCUAAAUUUAGUGGACCAGAUGCUCAUCUAGAAGGAGAGCUGCCAUCAGUUGAUGCUCAUCUUCCUGAUGUAAAUGCAGAUAUUUCAGGUCCAAAAUUACCAUCAGCAGAUGUCAAUAUUCCUGACAUAUCAGUAAAAGGAAAAGGCCCUAAAAUAAGCGGCCCAGACAUUCAUCUCGGUGGAAAGUUACCAUCAGGUGAUGCUCAUCUUCCAGAUGUAAAAGCUAAUAUUUCAGGUCCAAAAUUACCUUCUGCAGAUGUUGAUAUUCCUGACAUAUCUGUAAAAGGCAAGGCUCCAAAACUAAGCGGCCCAGACAUUCAUUUUGAUGGAAAACUACCAUCUGGUGAAAUUGAUCUUCCCGACGUGAAGGCUGGAAUUUCAGGUCCCAAAUUACCAUCUGCAGAUAUCAAUGUGCCUGACCUAUCCGUGAGUGGCAAGGCUCCUAAAAUAAGUGGACCGGACAUUCAUAUAGGAGGAAAACUACCAUCUGGUGAUAUUGAUCUUCCAAAUGUAAAGGCUGGAUUUUCAGGUCCCAAAUUACCAUCAGCUGAUAUCAAUGUGCCUGACGUCUCCUUGAGUGGGAAGGCUCCAAAAAUAAGUGGACCAGACAUUCAUUUCGGUGGUAAAGUACCAUCUGGUGAUAUUGAUCUUCCAGGUGUAAAGGCUGGAUUUUCAGGUCCCAAAUUACCAUCUGCAGAUAUCAAUGCACCAGAUUUAUCCGUAGGUGGAAAGGCUCCAAAAGUAAGUGGACCAGACAUUCAUUUAGGUGGAAAACUACCAUCUGGUGAUAUUGAUCUUCCUGAUGUAAAGGCUGGAAUUUCAGGUCCCAAAUUACCAUCUGCAGAUUUUGGCAUUUCUGCACUCAAAGGCAAAGCUCCUAAAAUCAGUGGACCAGACAUACAUAUAGGUGGCAAACUACCUUCAGCUGAUGCUCAUCUUCCAGAUGUAAAUGCUGACAUUUCAGGUCCUAAAUUACCAUCUGCUGAAGUCAAUGUUCCUGGCAUAUCUGUCAAAGGAAAAGCCCCUAAAAUAAGUGGACCAGACAUUCAUUUAGGUGGAAAACUACCAUCUGGUGAAAUUGAUCUUCCAGAUGUAAAGGCUGGAAUUUCUGGACCAAAACUACCUUCAGCAGAUGUGAAGAUUCCAGACAUAUCAGGCCCAAAAGUUGACGUUCCCAAAAUAAAGUCACCUGAAAUCAAUGUGGGUGGUCACCUGCCAUCAGGCGAUUUGAAAGCCAAUCUAGGAGGUGUUGAUGUGGAUUAUGGUUUGGAUGUAAAUGUUGAUGCAAAAAUGAAGAAACCAAAAGACAAAUCAAAAGGUGGUAAAAAAUUUAAGAUUCCUGGUCUUUCUUCUCUCAAAGCUAAAUUUAGUGGACCAGAUGCUCAUCUAGAAGGAGAGCUGCCAUCAGUUGAUGCUCAUCUUCCUGAUGUAAAUGCAGAUAUUUCAGGUCCAAAAUUACCAUCAGCAGAUGUCAAUAUUCCUGACAUAUCAGUAAAAGGAAAAGGCCCUAAAAUAAGCGGCCCAGACAUUCAUCUCGGUGGAAAGUUACCAUCAGGUGAUGCUCAUCUUCCAGAUGUAAAAGCUAAUAUUUCAGGUCCAAAAUUACCAUCUGCAGAUGUUGAUAUUCCUGACAUAUCUGUAAAAGGCAAGGCUCCAAAACUAAGCGGCCCAGACAUUCAUUUUGAUGGAAAACUACCAUCUGGUGAAAUUGAUCUUCCCGAUGUGAAGGCUGGAAUUUCAGGUCCCAAAUUACCAUCUGCAGAUAUCAAUGUGCCUGACCUAUCCGUGAGUGGCAAGGCUCCUAAAAUAAGUGGACCGGACAUUCAUAUAGGAGGAAAACUACCAUCUGGUGAUAUUGAUCUUCCAAAUGUAAAGGCUGGAUUUUCAGGUCCCAAAUUACCAUCAGCUGAUAUCAAUGUGCCUGACGUCUCCUUGAGUGGGAAGGCUCCAAAAAUAAGUGGACCAGACAUUCAUUUCGGUGGUAAAGUACCAUCUGGUGAUAUUGAUCUUCCAGGUGUAAAGGCUGGAUUUUCAGGUCCCAAAUUACCAUCUGCAGAUAUCAAUGCACCCGAUUUAUCCGUAAGUGGAAAGGCUCCAAAAGUAAGUGGACCAGACAUUCAUUUAGGUGGAAAACUACCAUCAGGUGAUAUUGAUCUUCCUGAUGUAAAGGCUGGAAUUUCAGGUCCCAAAUUACCAUCUGCAGAUUUUGGCAUUUCUGCACUCAAAGGCAAAGCUCCUAAAAUCAGUGGACCAGACAUACAUAUAGGUGGCAAACUACCUUCAGCUGAUGCUCAUCUUCCAGAUGUAAAUGCUGACAUUUCAGGUCCUAAAUUACCAUCUGCUGAAGUCAAUGUUCCUGGCAUAUCUGUCAAAGGAAAAGCCCCUAAAAUAAGUGGACCAGACAUUCAUUUAGGUGGAAAACUACCAUCUGGUGAAAUUGAUCUUCCAGAUGUAAAGGCUGGAAUUUCUGGACCAAAACUACCUUCAGCAGAUGUGAAGAUUCCAGACAUAUCAGGCCCAAAAGUUGACGUUCCCAAAAUAAAGUCACCUGACAUCAAUGUAGGUGGUCACCUGCCAUCAGGCGAUUUGAAAGCCAAUCUAGGAGGUGUUGAUGUGGAUUAUGGUUUGGAUGUAAAUGUUGAUGCAAAAAUGAAGAAACCAAAAGACAAAUCAAAAGGUGGUAAAAAAUUUAAGAUUCCUGGUCUUUCUUCUCUCAAAGCUAAAUUUAGUGGACCAGAUGCUCAUCUAGAAGGAGAGCUGCCAUCAGUUGAUGCUCAUCUUCCUGAUGUAAAUGCAGAUAUUUCAGGUCCAAAAUUACCAUCAGCAGAUGUCAAUAUUCCUGACAUAUCAGUAAAAGGAAAAGGCCCUAAAAUAAGCGGCCCAGACAUUCAUCUCGGUGGAAAAUUACCAUCAGGUGAUGCUCAUCUUCCAGAUGUAAAAGCUAAUAUUUCUGGUCCAAAAUUACCUUCUGCAGAUGUUGAUAUUCCUGACAUAUCUGUAAAAGGCAAGGCUCCAAAACUAAGCGGCCCAGACAUUCAUUUUGAUGGAAAACUACCAUCUGGUGAAAUUGAUCUUCCAGACGUGAAGGCUGGAAUUUCAGGUCCCAAAUUACCAUCUGCAGAUGUCAAUGUGCCUGACCUUUCCGUGAGUGGCAAGGCUCCUAAAAUAAGUGGACCGGACAUUCAUAUAGGAGGAAAACUACCAUCUGGUGAUAUUGAUCUUCCAAAUAUAAAGGCUGGAUUUUCAGGUCCCAAAUUACCAUCAGCUGAUAUCAAUGUGCCUGACGUCUCCUUGAGUGGGAAGGCUCCAAAAAUAAGUGGACCAGACAUUCAUUUCGGUGGUAAAGUACCAUCUGGUGAUAUUGAUCUUCCAGGUGUAAAGGCUGGAUUUUCAGGUCCCAAAUUACCAUCUGCAGAUAUCAAUGCACCCGAUUUAUCCGUAAGUGGAAAGGCUCCAAAAGUAAGUGGACCAGACAUUCAUUUAGGUGGAAAACUACCAUCUGGUGAUAUUGAUCUUCCUGAUGUAAAGGCUGGAAUUUCAGGUCCCAAAUUACCAUCUGCAGAUUUUGGCAUUUCUGCACUCAAAGGCAAAGCUCCUAAAAUCAGUGGACCAGACAUACAUAUAGGUGGCAAACUACCUUCAGCUGAUGCUCAUCUUCCAGAUGUAAAUGCUGACAUUUCAGGUCCUAAAUUACCAUCUGCUGAAGUCAAUGUUCCUGGCAUAUCUGUCAAAGGAAAAGCCCCUAAAAUAAGUGGACCAGACAUUCAUUUAGGUGGAAAACUACCAUCUGGUGAAAUUGAUCUUCCAGAUGUAAAGGCUGGAAUUUCUGGACCAAAACUACCUUCAGCAGAUGUGAAGAUUCCAGACAUAUCAGGCCCAAAAGUUGACGUUCCCAAAAUAAAGUCACCUGACAUCAAUGUAGGUGGUCACCUGCCAUCAGGCGAUUUGAAAGCCAAUCUAGGAGGUGUUGAUGUGGAUUAUGGUUUGGAUGUAAAUGUUGAUGCAAAAAUGAAGAAACCAAAAGACAAAUCAAAAGGUGGUAAAAAAUUUAAGAUUCCUGGUCUUUCUUCUCUCAAAGCUAAAUUUAGUGGACCAGAUGCUCAUCUAGAAGGAGAGCUGCCAUCAGUUGAUGCUCAUCUUCCUGAUGUAAAUGCAGAUAUUUCAGGUCCAAAAUUACCAUCAGCAGAUGUCAAUAUUCCUGACAUAUCAGUAAAAGGAAAAGGCCCUAAAAUAAGCGGCCCAGACAUUCAUCUCGGUGGAAAAUUACCAUCAGGUGAUGCUCAUCUUCCAGAUGUAAAAGCUAAUAUUUCUGGUCCAAAAUUACCUUCUGCAGAUGUUGAUAUUCCUGACAUAUCUGUAAAAGGCAAGGCUCCAAAACUAAGCGGCCCAGACAUUCAUUUUGAUGGAAAACUACCAUCUGGUGAAAUUGAUCUUCCCGACGUGAAGGCUGGAAUUUCAGGUCCCAAAUUACCAUCUGCAGAUAUCAAUGUGCCUGACCUAUCCUUGAGUGGCAAGGCUCCUAAAAUAAGUGGACCGGACAUUCAUAUAGGAGGAAAACUACCAUCUGGUGAUAUUGAUCUUCCAAAUGUAAAGGCUGGAUUUUCAGGUCCCAAAUUACCAUCAGCUGAUAUCAAUGUGCCUGACGUCUCCUUGAGUGGGAAGGCUCCAAAAAUAAGUGGACCAGACAUUCAUUUCGGUGGUAAAGUACCAUCUGGUGAUAUUGAUCUUCCAGGUGUAAAGGCUGGAUUUUCAGGUCCCAAAUUACCAUCUGCAGAUAUCAAUGCACCCGAUUUAUCCGUAAGUGGAAAGGCUCCAAAAGUAAGUGGACCAGACAUUCAUUUAGGUGGAAAACUACCAUCUGGUGAUAUUGAUCUUCCUGGUGUAAAGGCUGGAAUUUCAGGUCCCAAAUUACCAUCUGCAGAUUUUGGCAUUUCUGCACUCAAAGGCAAAGCUCCUAAAAUCAGUGGACCAGACAUACAUAUAGGUGGCAAACUACCUUCAGCUGAUGCUCAUCUUCCAGAUGUAAAUGCUGACAUUUCAGGUCCUAAAUUACCAUCUGCUGAAGUCAAUGUUCCUGGCAUAUCUGUCAAAGGAAAAGCCCCUAAAAUAAGUGGACCAGACAUUCAUUUAGGUGGAAAACUACCAUCUGGUGAAAUUGAUCUUCCAGAUGUAAAGGCUGGAAUUUCUGGACCAAAACUACCUUCAGCAGAUGUGAAGAUUCCAGACAUAUCAGGCCCAAAAGUUGACGUUCCCAAAAUAAAGUCACCUGACAUCAAUGUAGGUGGUCACCUGCCAUCAGGCGAUUUGAAAGCCAAUCUAGGAGGUGUUGAUGUGGAUUAUGGUUUGGAUGUAAAUGUUGAUGCAAAAAUGAAGAAACCAAAAGACAAAUCAAAAGGUGGUAAAAAAUUUAAGAUUCCUGGUCUUUCUUCUCUCAAAGCUAAAUUUAGUGGACCAGAUGCUCAUCUAGAAGGAGAGCUGCCAUCAGUUGAUGCUCAUCUUCCUGAUGUAAAUGCAGAUAUUUCAGGUCCAAAAUUACCAUCAGCAGAUGUCAAUAUUCCUGACAUAUCAGUAAAAGGAAAAGGCCCUAAAAUAAGCGGCCCAGACAUUCAUCUCGGUGGAAAGUUACCAUCAGGUGAUGCUCAUCUUCCAGAUGUAAAAGCUAAUAUUUCAGGUCCAAAAUUACCUUCUGCAGAUGUUGAUAUUCCUGACAUAUCUGUAAAAGGCAAGGCUCCAAAACUAAGCGGCCCAGACAUUCAUUUUGAUGGAAAACUACCAUCUGGUGAAAUUGAUCUUCCCGACGUGAAGGCUGGAAUUUCAGGUCCCAAAUUACCAUCUGCAGAUAUCAAUGUGCCUGACCUAUCCGUGAAUGGCAAGGCUCCUAAAAUAAGUGGACCGGACAUUCAUAUAGGAGGAAAACUACCAUCUGGUGAUAUUGAUCUUCCAAAUGUAAAGGCUGGAUUUUCAGGUCCCAAAUUACCAUCAGCUGAUAUCAAUGUGCCUGACGUCUCCUUGAGUGGGAAGGCUCCAAAAAUAAGUGGACCAGACAUUCAUUUCGGUGGUAAAGUACCAUCUGGUGAUAUUGAUCUUCCAGGUGUAAAGGCUGGAUUUUCAGGUCCCAAAUUACCAUCUGCAGAUAUCAAUGCACCCGAUUUAUCCGUAAGUGGAAAGGCUCCAAAAGUAAGUGGACCAGACAUUCAUUUAGGUGGAAAACUACCAUCUGGUGAUAUUGAUCUUCCUGAUGUAAAGGCUGGAAUUUCAGGUCCCAAAUUACCAUCUGCAGAUUUUGGCAUUUCUGCACUCAAAGGCAAAGCUCCUAAAAUCAGUGGACCAGACAUACAUAUAGGUGGCAAACUACCUUCAGCUGAUGCUCAUCUUCCAGAUGUAAAUGCUGACAUUUCAGGUCCUAAAUUACCAUCUGCUGAAGUCAAUGUUCCUGGCAUAUCUGUCAAAGGAAAAGCCCCUAAAAUAAGUGGACCAGACAUUCAUUUAGGUGGAAAACUACCAUCUGGUGAAAUUGAUCUUCCAGAUGUAAAGGCUGGAAUUUCUGGACCAAAACUACCUUCAGCAGAUGUGAAGAUUCCAGACAUAUCAGGCCCAAAAGUUGACGUUCCCAAAAUAAAGUCACCUGACAUCAAUGUAGGUGGUCACCUGCCAUCAGGCGAUUUGAAAGCCAAUCUAGGAGGUGUUGAUGUGGAUUAUGGUUUGGAUGUAAAUGUUGAUGCAAAAAUGAAGAAACCAAAAGACAAAUCAAAAGGUGGUAAAAAAUUUAAGAUUCCUGGUCUUUCUUCUCUCAAAGCUAAAUUUAGUGGACCAGAUGCUCAUCUAGAAGGAGAGCUGCCAUCAGUUGAUGCUCAUCUUCCUGAUGUAAAUGCAGAUAUUUCAGGUCCAAAAUUACCAUCAGCAGAUGUCAAUAUUCCUGACAUAUCAGUAAAAGGAAAAGGCCCUAAAAUAAGCGGCCCAGACAUUCAUCUCGGUGGAAAAUUACCAUCAGGUGAUGCUCAUCUUCCAGAUGUAAAAGCUAAUAUUUCUGGUCCAAAAUUACCUUCUGCAGAUGUUGAUAUUCCUGACAUAUCUGUAAAAGGCAAGGCUCCAAAACUAAGCGGCCCAGACAUUCAUUUUGAUGGAAAACUACCAUCUGGUGAAAUUGAUCUUCCAGACGUGAAGGCUGGAAUUUCAGGUCCCAAAUUACCAUCUGCAGAUGUCAAUGUGCCUGACCUUUCCGUGAGUGGCAAGGCUCCUAAAAUAAGUGGACCGGACAUUCAUAUAGGAGGAAAACUACCAUCUGGUGAUAUUGAUCUUCCAAAUAUUAAGGCUGGAUUUUCAGGUCCCAAAUUACCAUCAGCUGAUAUCAAUGUGCCUGACGUCUCCUUGAGUGGGAAGGCUCCAAAAAUAAGUGGACCAGACAUUCAUUUCGGUGGUAAAGUACCAUCUGGUGAUAUUGAUCUUCCAGGUGUAAAGGCUGGAUUUUCAGGUCCCAAAUUACCAUCUGCAGAUAUCAAUGCACCCGAUUUAUCCGUAAGUGGAAAGGCUCCAAAAGUAAGUGGACCAGACAUUCAUUUAGGUGGAAAACUACCAUCUGGUGAUAUUGAUCUUCCUGAUGUAAAGGCUGGAAUUUCAGGUCCCAAAUUACCAUCUGCAGAUUUUGGCAUUUCUGCACUCAAAGGCAAAGCUCCUAAAAUCAGUGGACCAGACAUACAUAUAGGUGGCAAACUACCUUCAGCUGAUGCUCAUCUUCCAGAUGUAAAUGCUGACAUUUCAGGUCCUAAAUUACCAUCUGCUGAAGUCAAUGUUCCUGGCAUAUCUGUCAAAGGAAAAGCCCCUAAAAUAAGUGGACCAGACAUUCAUUUAGGUGGAAAACUACCAUCUGGUGAAAUUGAUCUUCCAGAUGUAAAGGCUGGAAUUUCUGGACCAAAACUACCUUCAGCAGAUGUGAAGAUUCCAGACAUAUCAGGCCCAAAAGUUGACGUUCCCAAAAUAAAGUCACCUGACAUCAAUGUAGGUGGUCACCUGCCAUCAGGCGAUUUGAAAGCCAAUCUAGGAGGUGUUGAUGUGGAUUAUGGUUUGGAUGUAAAUGUUGAUGCAAAAAUGAAGAUACCAAAAGACAAAUCAAAAGGUGGUAAAAAAUUUAAGAUUCCUGGUCUUUCUUCUCUCAAAGCUAAAUUUAGUGGACCAGAUGCUCAUCUAGAAGGAGAGCUGCCAUCAGUUGAUGCUCAUCUUCCUGAUGUAAAUGCAGAUAUUUCAGGUCCAAAAUUACCAUCAGCAGAUGUCAAUAUUCCUGACAUAUCAGUAAAAGGAAAAGGCCCUAAAAUAAGCGGCCCAGACAUUCAUCUCGGUGGAAAAUUACCAUCAGGUGAUGCUCAUCUUCCAGAUGUAAAAGCUAAUAUUUCUGGUCCAAAAUUACCUUCUGCAGAUGUUGAUAUUCCUGACAUAUCUGUAAAAGGCAAGGCUCCAAAACUAAGCGGCCCAGACAUUCAUUUUGAUGGAAAACUACCAUCUGGUGAAAUUGAUCUUCCCGACGUGAAGGCUGGAAUUUCAGGUCCCAAAUUACCAUCUGCAGAUAUCAAUGUGCCUGACCUAUCCUUGAGUGGCAAGGCUCCUAAAAUAAGUGGACCGGACAUUCAUAUAGGAGGAAAACUACCAUCUGGUGAUAUUGAUCUUCCAAAUGUAAAGGCUGGAUUUUCAGGUCCCAAAUUACCAUCAGCUGAUAUCAAUGUGCCUGACGUCUCCUUGAGUGGGAAGGCUCCAAAAAUAAGUGGACCAGACAUUCAUUUCGGUGGUAAAGUACCAUCUGGUGAUAUUGAUCUUCCAGGUGUAAAGGCUGGAUUUUCAGGUCCCAAAUUACCAUCUGCAGAUAUCAAUGCACCCGAUUUAUCCGUAAGUGGAAAGGCUCCAAAAGUAAGUGGACCAGACAUUCAUUUAGGUGGAAAACUACCAUCUGGUGAUAUUGAUCUUCCUGGUGUAAAGGCUGGAAUUUCAGGUCCCAAAUUACCAUCUGCAGAUUUUGGCAUUUCUGCACUCAAAGGCAAAGCUCCUAAAAUCAGUGGACCAGACAUACAUAUAGGUGGCAAACUACCUUCAGCUGAUGCUCAUCUUCCAGAUGUAAAUGCUGACAUUUCAGGUCCUAAAUUACCAUCUGCUGAAGUCAAUGUUCCUGGCAUAUCUGUCAAAGGAAAAGCCCCUAAAAUAAGUGGACCAGACAUUCAUUUAGGUGGAAAACUACCAUCUGGUGAAAUUGAUCUUCCAGAUGUAAAGGCUGGAAUUUCUGGACCAAAACUACCUUCAGCAGAUGUGAAGAUUCCAGACAUAUCAGGCCCAAAAGUUGACGUUCCCAAAAUAAAGUCACCUGACAUCAAUGUAGGUGGUCACCUGCCAUCAGGCGAUUUGAAAGCCAAUCUAGGAGGUGUUGAUGUGGAUUAUGGUUUGGAUGUAAAUGUUGAUGCAAAAAUGAAGAAACCAAAAGACAAAUCAAAAGGUGGUAAAAAAUUUAAGAUUCCUGGUCUUUCUUCUCUCAAAGCUAAAUUUAGUGGACCAGAUGCUCAUCUAGAAGGAGAGCUGCCAUCAGUUGAUGCUCAUCUUCCUGAUGUAAAUGCAGAUAUUUCAGGUCCAAAAUUACCAUCAGCAGAUGUCAAUAUUCCUGACAUAUCAGUAAAAGGAAAAGGCCCUAAAAUAAGCGGCCCAGACAUUCAUCUCGGUGGAAAAUUACCAUCAGGUGAUGCUCAUCUUCCAGAUGUAAAAGCUAAUAUUUCUGGUCCAAAAUUACCUUCUGCAGAUGUUGAUAUUCCUGACAUAUCUGUAAAAGGCAAGGCUCCAAAACUAAGCGGCCCAGACAUUCAUUUUGAUGGAAAACUACCAUCUGGUGAAAUUGAUCUUCCCGACGUGAAGGCUGGAAUUUCAGGUCCCAAAUUACCAUCUGCAGAUAUCAAUGUGCCUGACCUAUCCUUGAGUGGCAAGGCUCCUAAAAUAAGUGGACCGGACAUUCAUAUAGGAGGAAAACUACCAUCUGGUGAUAUUGAUCUUCCAAAUGUAAAGGCUGGAUUUUCAGGUCCCAAAUUACCAUCAGCUGAUAUCAAUGUGCCUGACGUCUCCUUGAGUGGGAAGGCUCCAAAAAUAAGUGGACCAGACAUUCAUUUCGGUGGUAAAGUACCAUCUGGUGAUAUUGAUCUUCCAGGUGUAAAGGCUGGAUUUUCAGGUCCCAAAUUACCAUCUGCAGAUAUCAAUGCACCCGAUUUAUCCGUAAGUGGAAAGGCUCCAAAAGUAAGUGGACCAGACAUUCAUUUAGGUGGAAAACUACCAUCUGGUGAUAUUGAUCUUCCUGGUGUAAAGGCUGGAAUUUCAGGUCCCAAAUUACCAUCUGCAGAUUUUGGCAUUUCUGCACUCAAAGGCAAAGCUCCUAAAAUCAGUGGACCAGACAUACAUAUAGGUUGCAAACUACCUUCAGCUGAUGCUCAUCUUCCAGAUGUAAAUGCUGACAUUUCAGGUCCUAAAUUACCAUCUGCUGAAGUCAAUGUUCCUGGCAUAUCUGUCAAAGGAAAAGCCCCUAAAAUAAGUGGACCAGACAUUCAUUUAGGUGGAAAACUACCAUCUGGUGAAAUUGAUCUUCCAGAUGUAAAGGCUGGAAUUUCUGGACCAAAACUACCUUCAGCAGAUGUGAAGAUUCCAGACAUAUCAGGCCCAAAAGUUGACGUUCCCAAAAUAAAGUCACCUGACAUCAAUGUAGGUGGUCACCUGCCAUCAGGCGAUUUGAAAGCCAAUCUAGGAGGUGUUGAUGUGGAUUAUGGUUUGGAUGUAAAUGUUGAUGCAAAAAUGAAGAAACCAAAAGACAAAUCAAAAGGUGGUAAAAAAUUUAAGAUUCCUGGUCUUUCUUCUCUCAAAGCUAAAUUUAGUGGACCAGAUGCUCAUCUAGAAGGAGAGCUGCCAUCAGUUGAUGCUCAUCUUCCUGAUGUAAAUGCAGAUAUUUCAGGUCCAAAAUUACCAUCAGCAGAUGUCAAUAUUCCUGACAUAUCAGUAAAAGGAAAAGGCCCUAAAAUAAGCGGCCCAGACAUUCAUCUCGGUGGAAAGUUACCAUCAGGUGAUGCUCAUCUUCCAGAUGUAAAAGCUAAUAUUUCAGGUCCAAAAUUACCUUCUGCAGAUGUUGAUAUUCCUGACAUAUCUGUAAAAGGCAAGGCUCCAAAACUAAGCGGCCCAGACAUUCAUUUUGAUGGAAAACUACCAUCUGGUGAAAUUGAUCUUCCCGACGUGAAGGCUGGAAUUUCAGGUCCCAAAUUACCAUCUGCAGAUAUCAAUGUGCCUGACCUAUCCGUGAAUGGCAAGGCUCCUAAAAUAAGUGGACCGGACAUUCAUAUAGGAGGAAAACUACCAUCUGGUGAUAUUGAUCUUCCAAAUGUAAAGGCUGGAUUUUCAGGUCCCAAAUUACCAUCAGCUGAUAUCAAUGUGCCUGACGUCUCCUUGAGUGGGAAGGCUCCAAAAAUAAGUGGACCAGACAUUCAUUUCGGUGGUAAAGUACCAUCUGGUGAUAUUGAUCUUCCAGGUGUAAAGGCUGGAUUUUCAGGUCCCAAAUUACCAUCUGCAGAUAUCAAUGCACCCGAUUUAUCCGUAAGUGGAAAGGCUCCAAAAGUAAGUGGACCAGACAUUCAUUUAGGUGGAAAACUACCAUCUGGUGAUAUUGAUCUUCCUGAUGUAAAGGCUGGAAUUUCAGGUCCCAAAUUACCAUCUGCAGAUUUUGGCAUUUCUGCACUCAAAGGCAAAGCUCCUAAAAUCAGUGGACCAGACAUACAUAUAGGUGGCAAACUACCUUCAGCUGAUGCUCAUCUUCCAGAUGUAAAUGCUGACAUUUCAGGUCCUAAAUUACCAUCUGCUGAAGUCAAUGUUCCUGGCAUAUCUGUCAAAGGAAAAGCCCCUAAAAUAAGUGGACCAGACAUUCAUUUAGGUGGAAAACUACCAUCUGGUGAAAUUGAUCUUCCAGAUGUAAAGGCUGGAAUUUCUGGACCAAAACUACCUUCAGCAGAUGUGAAGAUUCCAGACAUAUCAGGCCCAAAAGUUGACGUUCCCAAAAUAAAGUCACCUGACAUCAAUGUAGGUGGUCACCUGCCAUCAGGCGAUUUGAAAGCCAAUCUAGGAGGUGUUGAUGUGGAUUAUGGUUUGGAUGUAAAUGUUGAUGCAAAAAUGAAGAAACCAAAAGACAAAUCAAAAGGUGGUAAAAAAUUUAAGAUUCCUGGUCUUUCUUCUCUCAAAGCUAAAUUUAGUGGACCAGAUGCUCAUCUAGAAGGAGAGCUGCCAUCAGUUGAUGCUCAUCUUCCUGAUGUAAAUGCAGAUAUUUCAGGUCCAAAAUUACCAUCAGCAGAUGUCAAUAUUCCUGACAUAUCAGUAAAAGGAAAAGGCCCUAAAAUAAGCGGCCCAGACAUUCAUCUCGGUGGAAAAUUACCAUCAGGUGAUGCUCAUCUUCCAGAUGUAAAAGCUAAUAUUUCUGGUCCAAAAUUACCUUCUGCAGAUGUUGAUAUUCCUGACAUAUCUGUAAAAGGCAAGGCUCCAAAACUAAGCGGCCCAGACAUUCAUUUUGAUGGAAAACUACCAUCUGGUGAAAUUGAUCUUCCAGACGUGAAGGCUGGAAUUUCAGGUCCCAAAUUACCAUCUGCAGAUGUCAAUGUGCCUGACCUUUCCGUGAGUGGCAAGGCUCCUAAAAUAAGUGGACCGGACAUUCAUAUAGGAGGAAAACUACCAUCUGGUGAUAUUGAUCUUCCAAAUAUAAAGGCUGGAUUUUCAGGUCCCAAAUUACCAUCAGCUGAUAUCAAUGUGCCUGACGUCUCCUUGAGUGGGAAGGCUCCAAAAAUAAGUGGACCAGACAUUCAUUUCGGUGGUAAAGUACCAUCUGGUGAUAUUGAUCUUCCAGGUGUAAAGGCUGGAUUUUCAGGUCCCAAAUUACCAUCUGCAGAUAUCAAUGCACCCGAUUUAUCCGUAAGUGGAAAGGCUCCAAAAGUAAGUGGACCAGACAUUCAUUUAGGUGGAAAACUACCAUCUGGUGAUAUUGAUCUUCCUGAUGUAAAGGCUGGAAUUUCAGGUCCCAAAUUACCAUCUGCAGAUUUUGGCAUUUCUGCACUCAAAGGCAAAGCUCCUAAAAUCAGUGGACCAGACAUACAUAUAGGUGGCAAACUACCUUCAGCUGAUGCUCAUCUUCCAGAUGUAAAUGCUGACAUUUCAGGUCCUAAAUUACCAUCUGCUGAAGUCAAUGUUCCUGGCAUAUCUGUCAAAGGAAAAGCCCCUAAAAUAAGUGGACCAGACAUUCAUUUAGGUGGAAAACUACCAUCUGGUGAAAUUGAUCUUCCAGAUGUAAAGGCUGGAAUUUCUGGACCAAAACUACCUUCAGCAGAUGUGAAGAUUCCAGACAUAUCAGGCCCAAAAGUUGACGUUCCCAAAAUAAAGUCACCUGACAUCAAUGUAGGUGGUCACCUGCCAUCAGGCGAUUUGAAAGCCAAUCUUAAUGUUGAUAUGGAUGUAAAUGCUGAUGCAAAAGUUUCAGGAGUAAAAUUGAAAAAGUCUAAAAAGGAUAAAAUAAAGGUUGAAAAAGACAAAUCUAAAAGUGAUGGUAAAUCAAAAGUUUCAAAAAAAAUUAGUAAUUGGUUUCACAAGAAAGAGAAAUCUGUGAAAACUGGUGAACUUGAUGCUUCUUUAACUUUUCCUGGUGAAAUUUCAAUAUCUAGUGCACCAUUGACUGUUGAUGAGCAUAUAACAGCUGAUCAUCAGUUGACAAACCUGAACUUAAGCCCAAGUAGCACUCUUGAAACUGAUUUAAGUGUUUAUCCUCUUAACAAACCUAAUGUCAAAGUGGACAUUAAAGGUGGUGAUAUUAACAAGAACUCAAAACAAUUUCAUGGAAAAGGAGACAUUAACAAACCUGAUUUCAAUCUUGAUGUCAAUACAGCUGUAACCCCACUUGCAUUGAAUACGUCAGUGUCUGGUAAACAUUCUUCAGAAAAAUCGUUGGACUUAAAUACAGCUGUAGUAGGUGUUAAUUCACCAUCAGCGAAUUUUGACCUUAAUUCAAAUCUUGACAUUGAAAAGCAUGGAGAUAAAUCAUUAGAACUUUCUGGAGGAAGUCAAGAGCUUCAGCUUCCUAACAUAAGCAUUUCUACAUCAAAUGAGGAUUCAGAUGAUGGACAUGAUCCUUCAGACAGAAGCGGUAAAAUCAAAAAGAUAUCAUUGGGCUCACGACUCAAAACUGCCAUUCUUGGGAAAAAAAGCAGCGAAGGAGCAGAGAAAAGCCCAAAGUCACCUGUCUCGGGAAAUAUCGAAGUAACAGCUCCGACCAUUAAAGGUGGUUACCAUAAACCACUGGAACAUUGCUCUCCUGAUCAUCCUGUGUUGUCUUUGGCAUCUAACCUAGUUAUCGAUGACUCUGUUUUAUCUGCCAGACUGAAUGAUAGUGGUGCAAAGCUCCCACAUGAGAGAGUAGAUUUCAGCUGUCAGUGUGAUGAUCUGGAGUGGACUGAAAAUUUAGACAUGCCUGAGGCUUCAGGUGUUGCAAAGCUUCAUCAGGCUGGAGACACCAGAUUGGAAGCUGAUCUGUCCUCUAUACAACUAGACAUUGCUAAUGAGUUUAACAGUCAAGUAACACCUAAGGUUUCCUCUGAGUUUCCUGUUGGCUUGACAACAUCAGUGAAAGCAGGAUCCAAAUCAAGUCAACGGUAUGAGACAAAAGAUUACAGCAGUGAAAGUGACUCUGAGAGUGAUUCAGAUUCAAAGCACACAUUUCAAGUGGGUCUAGGCCACAAAGAAGACUUUCCAAAAGCUUCACUACACUUCACCCAAAAGAAGGGAGGAAAAUAAAACAGGCUAGACCAGUGAAUUUGAUUUAGAACAAUUCAAACCAGAUUUGAACUGUGCAAGCUGAAUCAUUGUUUGUUAUCAGGAAAUACCUGAAGAACCCAAGUGAUAAAAAUUAGCAAAUAAUAUUGUCUUUUUUUAGCCUACUAUAAUUAAUUUUGCACAAUUGAAAUAUGAUGUUAUUGUAUUGAAAUGUGAUGUUAUUGUUUUGAAAUGUGAUGUUAUUGUUUUUUUUAAAUGCACUACAUUAACUUAGCUGGUGAUAUUUUUUUCUUACUGCCAAUUGUAUGUUGUGUUUCAAUAUAUAAUAAUGCAUUGAGUCUAAUCUCAUAACAUUUAAAGCAUUUUACUUUUUUGAAGAUUAAAAAAAAGACUAUGAAAAGAUACAUUUCAACCUGAAAUUAAUUAUAUUAUAAUACUUCAACAGUAAAUUGUUGAAUAGAUUUGUAUAAAUUGAUUUAAAUGUUAAACAUUUUAUUCUACAUCCACAGGUAAAAUUUAUUUGUUAAAAUUUCAGAUAGGAAAAUUCUAUGUUAGUUUAUUUGUCUGGACAAAAUGAAAAUAUCAAUGUUUUUUCUUUAAUUUUUUUUUAAUGCUUUUUUGAAUCCAAUAAUUUUUUUGUUAUAGCUGGGUGAAUUCUUGUAAUAUAAAAUCAAAUGGGUUGAAUUAAUUAUUUUUGCUUUGUAGGACCACUUCAAACACACAUUCCUUCCUUAUCCCAUCAAUUUUAACUGAGCCAUUUUUUAUGUGCAAGUUUUCAAAUGUUCAAUUUCAUGGCAGCAAUCAAUUAUGCUUGAUGUCAAAAUUGAAUCCUUUCAGCAAUAUUUUUUUUUUCUACCUUUUUAUAAAUUGACUGCCAACUAGAGUCCUAGAUUCUUGUAGACAUUAGAUUACUCUUUUGUUUAUAUGACAGUUUUAUUCAUUCACCAGUAUUGCUUAUGCUGAUGCCUUUAUUACAUUGAUUGUCCAGCCUUUGUAUUGAUUUGACUUGAUACAGGAACAUUUUGAAGAUUUUAUCAUGUGUACAUGUUUGUGUUUUGAUAUGUACCAUUUAUAAUAGCUCAUUAAAAUAAAAGAUAUUUCAUCUUUAUGUUAUUUAUUCUUAUCACAAUCUAUUUCAGUUUGUUUAUUCCAUCUGGUUAGAUGACUGACAUAACUCAAGAAAGUAAGUUAAUGAAAAUCUUUCAUGGCUCUAAGAUUAAUAAUUAAGCUUAAGAGUUUUGUGUAAAAUUCAAAGGUCUCUGAACUGUCAGUAGUCAUUUUGUAGUCAUUUCUCCACUUCUGACUUCAACUUCUGGAAAGUAUCAUUAUAAGAAAUGAAACAUUUAUUAUUUGUUUGCUCCUUGCUUCAAUAUCUAUUAAAAAAUGUGAUGAUGAUGAUGAAAAAGGUUUGUAAAUGAUGAAGAUUAGAUGAUGAUUAAAAUGUUGUAUUUGUUUGCUGAUUUAUUUUGAAAUUAUGUACUUGUUCUAAAUCUUUAUUUUCAAAACUCUCUCAUGUAGAUUUUAAAGUUUAUAGUACUUGUGAGUUCUACCUAGUGAUCUGUUUCUGUAAACUUUUCAACUAAGAGAGCUUCGUUAUUUUGUACAUGAUGACACCAAGAGUGCUAUGUUAUACCAUCUAUCCUUUUUUUAUUAUUUCAUUUAAUCAGAUACUCAAAUAUUUAUAGUUGAUUCUUUACAAUAUUUUUGAUCUUCAUAUUAUUAGACAAUGUAUUACCUCAUUUAUAAGUUGACCUCUCUAUACAUUCUUAGUUUAUUCAAAUCUUUAUAUAGACCACAUAUAACUUUUAUGUAUGUUUGUAUAAAUGUAGGGACUAAUUUUAAGUGAAGAUUUAAAAGGAUUGAUCUUUUGUAUGUAUUACCAUUAUUUUACUGAGUUUUUGAACAGGUUGGUCAUUAAAUAAUGCAGCUUUCUUUUCUAGACAUUAUUAAUUAUUCAUUUCCUUUUUUUUUUUUCUUUCAUUGUCCACAUCUUGUGGCAUUAACUUUUUUUUGUAAAAUGUUUUAAUUGAAUUUUUUAUUUGUAUAAAAUGUAUCAACAUGUCUUAACAACCUACCUACUUUGAAAAAUGAUCUCUUAAAUACAAUCUUGAAUGAUUUAGGUAUGAAUCUAUUUAUAUUUGAAGAGAAAAGCUCUUAUAAUUCAAACCAUUUGAGGAUCAGAAUUAUGAAGAAAUAUAUUUAUGAACUAAUUUAAUCUGUGAUAGAUAUUUGAUAAUGUUAUUUUAUUUAUUACAUCCUCUGGGGGGAAGAAGAAACUUUUUAUAUAUUUAUAAAGACAAGAAAUUGCACAUUAAAUAUGGUUGAUGAAUGUUUCUUUUUAUUUUGCGUAUUACAAAAAAAUUAAAUUAUUUGUACAUGUUAAAAAGUUUUUUUUUAAAGUUGAAGCAUUCUUGCUUUAUUUGCUUUUUAUUUCUUAUAAUCAUACACUGGUAAAGCUGCCAAUUUUGUGGAUUUAAGUGACAAAAUUAUUUGUAAAAUUCAAUGCACAAGUUCUUAUCUUUAUUAAAUAACAUUUAUUUAAAAAAAAAUAAUUUUGAUGCUUGUAGGCAUAAUAGAACUGCUGAGGUUGAUUGUUAAGUUUCACAUGCCUCUUUAAAUUCCAUAACGUUUAUCCUAAAAUGUUACUCCUGACUACAUUAUUGAGCAUUUUGUUUUAAUAUUUUCUAUUAUCUCUUUGUGGACUUUCUAGAAUACUUUAUUCAAAAUGAGUAAUAAAUUGCACAUCAAUCUUCAGUUGGUUUGAAAGCUAGUUUAACAAAAUGCAGCUCAACUUGUCUAUGUAAUGAUGACCCUCUUCAUAUGUGUUUGAUGCCAAGUUUUACCUUGUGAGUGUUCAUAUUGUUAAUGUUUCUAUUUCUAUUGUUGUUCAAAAUUAUAACUAAACUCUUUUUCUUUUGUUGAUGAUAGGGGAAAUAAAUGUGUCCUUAAUUGGGCACAGGCUUGGUGAAAUGUUUGUUUGAGAAUUUCUACUUUCACUUUCAGUAUGUAUGACUUGAGCAGUUUAUGAUGUACAUAAUAUAAAUACUUUUUUUUAUUUGUGUGAAUUUAAAAAAAAAUAAAUCAUAUAUUUACACUUUUUUAAAAAUCGUAUACAUCAGUUACAUAGUACAUUGUUCAUUAGUUUUUAUGGAGACAGAAGUGUAGACAGACAAUAUUACUUUAUUAUAAUAUGCCCAAAAUUUCAAAACUUAAUUAGAUUUUGUUAUUAUAUUGGUCUACUUUUUGUUUUUUUGAUAUAUUUUUUUUCAGACUUUCAUCAGUCUAAUAUGUUCUAAGAGUCGAUUAGUUCAUUUAUUAAAAAAACAAACUAUUUUGGAAUGAAAAAAUAUCAAGCAGAAAUUCAGUUUUAGUGCCUGGGCUUCAAGUAGUUUGAGUAGCAGAACUAGUUUUAUUAUCUACAACUACAUGUAUAGUUUCUUUCCAGACUGCCAGAAUACAGAUGGAAUACUUCAUUCUGUAACGUGAGACUAUUAAAACCAAUUGAUUUGAAUCUGAUCUUUACUACUGACUGCAUCAAGAAACUUUCAUAGAAUAAUAAAACAAAAUCUUUAAACUGAAGAUAAAUGUUAACCUAAAUUAGGCAUUGAACUUUAUGUUUAAGUUUCAAUUUUGUAAUGUAAAAAGCUGUUAGAUUGCAUUGUUUCAGUGAAUUCAAGCAUUACAAAACAUAACACUUACUCCAUAGGAAAUACUGUAGUUCAAAUUUGUAGAAAUUCUUAUCAAGGCUUUAGGUUUUUCUAGGUGCAACAUCUCUGUACAAACCUCCACCAUGUACCUCUUUAAUAAAUUUACUAUUGUUUUGUAUUAAACAAAAGUAUAUUGUUAAAAAAAAA